AUGUGCCGGGUGGAAUCACUUUUCGGGAUUAAGACGGUGAAAAUGACGAACGUGCGUAUCAUCUACCUUCCAGCCAACACAACCACCUUUGUGCAGCCCCUGGACCAGGGCCUUAUCGCAUGCUUCAAGAUGCGGUUCCGCCAGCUCAGGGUUGCAGAGCUGAUUAAGGUGUUCGACGAGGGUACCAGUGGCGCCGAACUCCGUCGCUCGAAACCAGGGGCUAGACUUACCGUGACGUGGAUUGGUGAUUCAGUGAAAUCUAUCGAUGCAAGCACUAUUCAAAGGUGCUUCUGGCGCACGGGAUGCCUUCCUGACCAGUGGCUGCCGCAGCUGGAACACGUGACCCCAACAACGAUGGGCUCACCUAGUGGAGUUUCGCAGGCCGUCAUUGCAGAUCUCUCAGACGCAAUUCAGCGUCUGCAGCUGGGCCAUAGGGCAAUGAGCCCUAUGGAGUUCGUGUGCUUUGACGAGCUGCAGCCAACGAGUGAGCUGAUGGAGCCGAAUUUGGAACUCGGAGUGGACUGCGAGAUGCUCAACUCAGAAUUGUCCUUCACCAUGCAGACCAUGACUGCAGAUGCUCUGCUUGACCGAAGUGAACGUCGUGUGGCGCGCCAAGCCACAGAAGUGCUCAUCACUUACGCUCGGGCGAAGGGCAUCCAGCCCCGUGAACUUAUUGACGAGCUCGAAAUUGGAAGUAGUGUCGUCAUGGACCGUCUUGAGCGCGCCAGCCAUCCAACAAUUGACCUCAAUGUCGAUGCAGAAGAGGAACGGGAUGACAUGCAGCAGAUGCAGGCUUGUGCGCCCUUUGCAAAUGAGGCCGAGCUGCUAGCUUUUGCCAUGGAAAUGCUCGGUUUUCGUUCUCCUGUCUAUGGCAGCCAUGGAUACCGGCUACUACGCGUGCCUUUCUGA